GUCAUAAAAAACAUCUACUACUAUCAAAAUCUCAAAGCUUCACAAUUUAAUUAAUAAUAUUAAUUAUGGAGGAUGAUAUAGUUGAUGAUGAUGAAAUAAUGAGGGUAAUUGAUUCUUCACUUUCUCAAACCAAUUGGCGCCUCAGAACUUCUUCAAGGCGUCGUCUUCAAACAGAUAUCUUAGCAUUAUGCACUGGGAUGAGACCAGUUAUAAUGAUAGAUUAUGGUGGAAAGCUGCCCGAAUUAAGAGAACGUCUAUGUUCAUUUCUCAAGCUUAGCCAAGAGGGGUCUACUAUCUUUAGGAAUUUACGGGUGAUGCUCAUUGAAGAUAUGAUAUAUUUGAUACAUGUCAAAGGCCUUGCAGAACUUAUUAAGUCAACAGUAAACAAAGAAAUAGAAUUGCAUUUUGUUGACAUUGAACAGGAUCCACCAAAGAUGGUAACUGAGAUCGAACAGAGUUUAGUGGGAGCACAGUUUAUAUCACUCCAGAAGCUUUUUUCAUCAGUCUUUUGUGUUGAUGCAACAACAGACGAUGUUUCUGAAUGCACGGAAGAUUCAACAAGUAAUCCUGAAUCAUCACAUAGUUGGCUUUCUGUUACUACUCCAUCAUCUGACUUAAUUGAUCUAAGUCAUUUAAUGCAAGACACAAUUGUCACCGUCCCAACUCUAAAUGGGUGGCUUCUUGGUUACCCUGUGGUGUAUAUUUUUGGUAAAGAUCAUAUAGAUGAAGCUGUAUAUAAUCUUUCCACGAAGUCACUAAAUCUAUUCAACGUUUAUGUCCGCAGGAACAUGAACUCGAGUAAAAGACCUCCACAAGAAGAAUUAAUGAGUUUCUCGGUACCUUAUGAUCUGAGCAUAGAUGGUGAUAGUGAAACUUGGGCAGAGGCGUUUCUGGUCCGUAUGAAGGCAAAGUGGGAAGGACGCAAGGACAUUUGGGGGUCGUUGCGAAUGGAAGUUAGUGCUACAUAUCCUCAAGCAAUUGCAUUAUAACAAUGUAAUAAUAAUGGUCAGGUUCUUGUUUUUUUGAAAAUCAGUUUUUGUUUCAGUUCUCCUAGGUUGUUAACUAGCAUCACCAUUUUAGUCGACUAGAAUUGUACCGGAUGGCUAAACAAAAUUCUGGUAUAUAAUAGAAUUUAAAAAUAUAAGUAUAAACUUCAAUCGGUA